AUGACUGAGGAAGAAGGACGGGAUGACUGGUCGGAUGCUAAUUUCAGAGAUGUAACAUGGAAAAUUACUCCCACGGCCUUCGCUGUAGCGAAGGAUAUGAAAUUAUUCGUUCAGACGGCAAUCGCGCAGUUCCCACAUCUGCUUGCCAAACGUGGCCGACCUCUUCUGCACUUUACCGCCUGGGCUGGAGGUGGCGGGGAAACAAAUACUGAGAUGGAGAUUCUACUGGAUGCUGGAGUCCAAGUAAAUGGGAUAUUCGAGGAGGAGCGUUGCACAAAGAAAGCCUCGAAAGCCCGCGGCGCGGAGCUACCUGGAACGAUACUACUUUCGGACAGAUGGGAAACUGUCCUGCACGCAGUAGUUGACGUGUCUCUUAAUAGCAAGUGCAGCAAGGGGAGCACCCUAUUCGGUAAGAUUGUUCGGGAAGAUUUGGACGUACCAACGGACGACUACCUGUGGAUGCUCAACCAUGGCGGCAAGAUCACCAGUGAGGCCUUGGAUACGAAGAACCAUUUCGACCAUCCAUGA